AUGUUUAGGUACAAACUUAAAUUUAUUAGAUUUACAUGUCAAUGCCGAUCAAACUAUCUUGAUCAAUCUCCAAAUCGUGUAACACAUCCAGGCCGUUAUUGUGUUCCCCGUCCAACUCCUCCACCAGAUGAGUGUCAAUUAACUGCUGGAAAUAAAGGAUGUAAAGUUGAAUUGAAUGAAGUUUGUCGAAUUGUUGCUGGCCAACCAAAAUGUGCUUGCCCAUUGAAUUAUGAAAGAGCUACUACUAAAAAUAAUACUAGUGGUACUGCAGCUUGUACAGUCAUUAACGAAUGUCAAUUCCCACAGCUGAAUGAUUGCCAUCCGAGGUUGGAUUCUUUAUCUAUUUUUUUCUAUUAUUUCCCAUGUUAUAGUGCGGAAUGCCAAGAUUUGGUUGAUGGUUUUACAUGUAAAUGUCGAUCUGGUUUUAAAGAUAUUUCUCCUAAAGCUAAUGAACGACCCGGAAGAUUGUGUCAAGCUUUGGUUAACGAAUGCCAAUUUCCUCAUCUAAACGAUUGCCACCUACAUGCAGAAUGUAUCGAUUUGGAGGAUAGUUUUCAAUGCCGUUGUAAAAAAGGAUUUAAUGAUCUACGACCUGAAAGGCCGGGGCGAAUAUGCAAACAAAUGAUUGAUGAAUGUGAACGUCCCGAGCUUAAUUCAUGUGAUAGAAAUGCAAAAUGUUUGGAUGAAGAGGACGGAUAUAAUUGUGAAUGUAAAUCUGGAUUUGCUGAUGUUUCUCCAUCGCCUAGUUUACCAGGAAGAGCUUGUCGCCCAAUUGUUAAUGAAUGUUUAGACCAAAAAUUGAAUGAUUGUGAUCCGCGAGCAAAAUGCAUUGAUCAGCCAGAUGGAUAUCAAUGUGAAUGUCCUUCAAACACAAAAGAUAUUUCUCCAUCUGCAGCUUUCCCUGGACGAGUAUGCCAUGUAUUUGAAAAUGAAUGUUUGACAGGGAAACAUGAUUGUGACCCACAGGCUGUUUGUCAAGAUAAUGAACAAGCAUUCACUUGUGAAUGCCCAAAAGGGUAUACUGACCGCUCACCAAAUAGACAGCAUCGUCCUGGCCGUGUAUGUGUGAAACUGAUAGAUGAAUGUAAAGAGGGGAGGCAUACAUGUUCUCCUAAUGCUGACUGUCGCGAUUUAGAAGAGGGUUAUACCUGUGAAUGUCGUGAUGGUUACGUAGACAGAUCGCCAAAUCUAGCAAUUCAACCUGGUCGUGUCUGUGGAGUCCCAGAAACAUGUCCAGCCAAUCAUGAGUGCAGUGCUGCUGCUUCUCCGGAUGGUGUUCAAGGCCGUAUUUGUGUCCGCAACUCAUUCUGCAGAGAUCCAAAAUUAAAUAAUUGCUCAAGAAAGGCAGUUUGUUACGAAGAGGGGCAAGGAUAUCGCUGUGAAUGUGCACGUGGUUAUUUAGAUAAAUCUCCUUCUGGGCAACCAAAAGGCCGUGUUUGUGAAUUGCCGCCACCACCCCCUCCACCACAACGUCAUCCUUGUCAAGAUAGCACCCAUGAUUGUCAUCAAAAGGGUGCUUGUCGUGCUACUGGUGCUGCUUCAUUUACAUGUGAAUGUCUUCCAGGUUAUGAAGAUCGUUCGCCAGAUAUUAAAACAAAACCUGGACGUAUUUGUGUACUUACUGAACCUAUUUGUAUCGAUGCAACACGUAAUGAUUGCCAUUCUGCCGCAGUUUGUACAGAAGAUAAACUGUUGCCUGAAGGUUUUGCUUGUCGUUGUAGAGAUGGUUAUGUGGACCAAAGUCCUGAUAAAGUUCGUAAACCUGGACGGAUUUGUAUUGAAUUUGUGAAUGAAUGUUUGGAUCGAUCAUUGAAUGAUUGCGAUCCUUUGGCUAUUUGUGAAGAUCAACCUGAAGGAUAUACUUGCCGCUGUCCUCUUAAUGCUAUGGAUCGUUCGCCAGAUAAAGAACGUCGUCCUGGACGAAAAUGCAUCUCCCAAAUUAAUGAAUGUUCAAAUCCAUCUUUAAAUAACUGUAGCCGAUUCGCUGAUUGUUUUGAUAAACCAGAAGGUUAUGAAUGUAAAUGUCGUCCAGAUUAUCAUGAUUUGAAUACUGCACAACCUGGAACUUCUUGCAAAUUUAUGCAAAAUGAAUGUCUAAAUUUUGCACUCAAUGAUUGUUCACCAAAUGCUGAUUGUUUUGACACUCCUAGUGGCUAUAAUUGUAAAUGUAAACAACCUUUUAAAGACCAUGGACCAGCAGAACACCCAGGACGAAUUUGCCUUUACAAUGAGUGUCAGGAUCCUACAAGAAAUAAGUGUGAUAAGAAUGCCAUUUGUGAAGAUACUGAAGAUGGUUUUACUUGUAGAUGUAAUGAUGGUUUUUAUGAUGAUUCUGGAACUAAAGGUUUAGAAGCUGGUCGCGUUUGUAUUGCAUUUUCUGAAAAUGAACAACCUGAAGUCAUUCAACGUCCCUCUAAACAACAACAACAAUCAACGGUAUCAAAAGGAAUUGCAUGUGGACGUAAUCAUUGGUGUUUGUCUGAACGUAAUGAGGUUUGUGUUGGUGGUACUCGCUGCCUUUGCCGUCCAGGUGAUGGUCGUGCUUCUAAUGAAAACAAAUGUGUUCCUGUUGAAAAAACUUCUUUUGCUUUUAGAGUAAUUAAUCGUGGACAACAACCUCUCAUUUAUAGUAGUGAUUAUGGUGAUAGUUCAAGUAGUACAUAUGUUGAAUUUGUACAAGAAUUUCAACGGGAAAUGGCUAAAGCUAUUGGAAGCACAAAAUUUGCACCUCAUUAUGUUACAACUGAUGUUUCUUAUUUAACACAUCCAAAAGCAAUUAACAGUUCUUGGAGUGAUGGUAUACUUGUAAAUUUUACAAUUUCUUCGAAUAAAAAUCAACAACAACAAACUUUAAAUCGUUGUGAAUUAUGGGAACAGCUUUCUACUUCAAUUAAACAUUCUAAUGGUGCAAUUGGCAAUAAUGGACAAUUAUUUGUCGCUCCAGAUUUUGAAUUGCUUAAUCCAUGUAUUAAACAACAACCUGUUGAAGAUUAUUGUGGUGGUAAUGAAGAUGACUCUUCUGCUGCUAUUUGUAAAAAAGAAUUGGGAGAGAUUUGUAUUGCUGAAACACUUUGUGGGUGCCCUAAUGGACAAAAAAGACCUUCAAUGGAAGAAAAAUGUCGUCCAGUUGAAUCUUGGCAAAUACCUUUAUGGAUUAUAAGAAAAAAUAAUAACCAACUUUUGUAUAAUGAAACAUUUGCAAAUCCAUUAAAUCCUUUAAAUAAAGAAUAUGUUCGUCUAUUUGAAAAAGGAAUUGCUCAAUGUUAUCCACAAACAUUGCUAAAGAAUGCCUUUGUUUCUGUCGAAGUUAAUGAAAUUCUUGAUCCAAUGUUAAUAAAUUCAAGCUGGGAUAAUGGACUCUUAUUUAAUGCAACAAUGCAUUUUAGAAAAGGAGCAGUUAAAAAUCCAUUGGAUGUUUAUACUCAAUUAGUUAAAUAUAUUAUUGAAAAGAAUGGACAACAAUUGGGAAAUUCUGGACUUUAUUUAAGUACAAAUCAAAAAAGUCCAUUCAGUUCUUGUUUCAAGAAUAAUUGUCAUCCAAAAGGUAUUUGUAUAGAAUUGGGACCAAAUGCUUAUCGAUGUGAAUGUACUAAUGGACAAAGAGACUUAAAUCCUUCAGAUCCUGGAAGGAAAUGUGUGCCAACUCAAAGUUACAAUGAAUGUGAGAAAGAAGAAGAAAAUGAAUGUUCUUCAGAAGCGAGAUGUAUUGAUCUUGAAUUCCUCUACAAAUGUGAAUGCAAAAAAGGAUAUACAGAUGCAUCACCAAAAGGUUCAAUUCCUGGGAGUGUCUGUGUACUCGACUAUUGUAGUGAUGUUAAUUAUUGUCCAUCAAAUACAAGUUGUGUAAAUACUGAACAACAGGCAGAAUGUCAAUGCCAUAAAGGAUUUGUAGAUAUUAGACAUUCUGAAUCUAGAAUGAGCCUUGGAUUUACUUCUGAUCAAUAUUGCCUUUCUCCUCAUGAUGUUGAUGAAUGUGCUUUGGGUUUACAUAAUUGUUCAAGUUAUGCAAUUUGUACAAAUCUGCCAGAAGGUUAUUCUUGUCAAUGUCCACCAGGAUGGGAAGAUGGAAAUUUGGAAUUGCCGGGUCGUUUUUGUGCAAGCAAAUUGUGUGCUCAAUGCCAUGAAAAUGGGGCUUGUAUUCCCGACCCAACAAACAAUACAAACGUUAUAUGUCAAUGUUUUGAUGGGUAUAGUGGACAAUUUUGUGAAUUGGCACCAGCAUCAGCUUCUCUUGUUUUACUUGUUUUGUUAGCUUUGGUUUUCCUUCUUCUUUCACUUUGUUUCCUUCUCUAUUUAUGCACUCGUUGCCGUUGUUUCUAUAGACGUCCUGAAUUUGCGACAUUAGAUGCAUCGGCAAGUAGUGAUAGUGGUGCUGAUUUUUCUCUUUAUGGAAUUCCCCGUGCAAAAUUAAAACAAUCUUCACAUACUGACUCGGCAGCAGAUAGUAGAGCGGCUCAUUUAGCUGGAUAUUUAGAAGAUGGUUUAAGAAUACCUCGUGCCCAUUUACACCAUGAUGGGUCAUCCUUAGCAAGUGCAGCAUCUAGCGAAUUUACUAUUCGGGAAGAAAUUGAGAGGAGAGUUACAACGGAUAUUAUAAGAACAGAAGAAAUUGUAACAGAUGUAGAUGUACAUAAUGAGGCGACAAAUUCUUCUGAAAAUAUUGCUGCUGAAGCUUCGAAUGUUUAUACUUCUACUAAUAAUUUGGGGAGAACAGCGACAAAUAUUCGUAAUAAUCAACAACAAUAUCAUCAACAACAGCAACACCAAAAUAAGUUUAUCGAUUCUGAAUUAGAUAGAGGUGAAAGUAUUGCUGAAUUUUCAAAUUCAAGAAGAGAAGGUGGAAGAGAUAUUUCUUCUUUAAAAACUUCAACAACGACAAAUUAUCCUUCCUCUUCAUCUUGGCGUCAUUAUGCAACAACAAAUGAUAGUUUAAAAAAAGGAUUUGCAUUUAAAAAUCCUUCAUUAAUAUUAGAAGAUGAUGAGGGAGAAGGAGGAGAGGAUGUUGAUGUUAUUGAUAAAAAUACUAAGGUUCACCAUCAUCGUCAUUUUGAUCCAAGAACAGGAAUUACUAGUGAUAAACAUGUUCAACAAACAUCAACAAUAACUAGUACAACAAGGAGUGGAGGUGGUAAAUAUUAA